AAUUAAGAAAAUAUGCCUGCUUCAGUUAGGCCUUCAAGCGCUUCUGUUUCAGCGACUUGUAGGCGAUCGAAUGGCUCAGUUGCUCGUCCACUCAGUGCAAGGGUACAGAGCAGUAUGAAAACUAGCACAAUGACUCAAAGUCAGAGCAUGUCUGUGGUAGGGUCUCAAUUAAGACCGACUUCAGCUCAUACAAACUCCAUGGUCAAUAUUCAUGGUCAUCCCUUUUACAAGUGUCCGCAGUCUGGAGCUCUAAAGUUUUCCUUCCCCAAAUACACUAUUCCAAAAUGAAAAUCAAAGUCAUUCCUUGAUGGAAUCCAAAAGAACGCUCGGAGAUGUCCUGCACCAAAUUCUUAUAAGCUAGCAAUGUCUUGGAAGGGCAAGAAUGCUCAAAUAAAGGGCACUAAAAGAAUCACCUUUACUGAUGAGAUUAAGAAAGAAAAGAAGAAGAUCCCAGGCCCUAACAAGUAUAAAAAUCUUGACAAGCUUCGCAAGAGAAUUCCUAAUGGAAAAUUUGACCAAACCAAAGGAGUCAAUUUCCUGAGCGAGUGUGAAUUCCUUUCAAAAUCUCAGCCAGGUCCUACUAAGUAUGAAAAUCAAAAAGUAAAAGUGCUAGUCAGGAACCCUUCCUGGAAGUGGAGUAAUCCUAAAUAAACUCAAGCACUGGAAACCUAAGAAAGGGAAGGGUCCAGAUCCAGGCACUUACAACCAUCAUGAGAGUGUUAAGAAAUGCAGCAGCAUGAAGAAAAUAACAUAUAGCUUGCCAUUCAGUGGCAAUAAAGGCAGCUACUUAACCACUAGGGAUAAGAAGAAGGCUGGGUUUAAAGAUAAAGCUUACUACCUCCAGAAACCAAUCAUGGACAAAAAAUUCGUCCCUGGAGUCGGCCAAUACAAGUUCGAACAGUGAUACGACCACAUUGCUAGGCCAACCAGAAAAUGCAGAUAAUUUUCAUUUCAAUAGUAAAGUUAAA